UCUCCUGAACUGCUCCAAUGAUAGGAGCACGUAUCCGGUUAAGAAGAAGAAGAAGAAGAAGGAGAAGAAGAAGAAGAAGAACCGAAUCGAAUCGAACGGAACUGAACUCAAUUCAACUCAACUCAAACAGACUCAGCCGGACCGUGGAGGCUUACAGGGGAAGAAUGCCUUUCCGUUUCUGCCCCCAGUGUGGGACGAAGUUGCAGCCUGAUUUCAGAUUUUGUCCUUCAUGUGGAGAGAAGCUUCCCCGUCCGGUUGAUGAAUCUGGACCUGUGAGCUCAGCUGCUUCUUUAAGUCUCUCUCCAUCCAAAAGGGACGAAUUAGCAACAUCAGUAGCUAAAACAAAUCUUGCUUCAAGCACAAGUUGUGAGCCCCAGGAAAGUAAGGUCCAUGUAUGUACCGCCGCAACUCCAAUUCAACCUCGCCCUGCACUGCGAAAGACUCGUAACUCCCUUCGUCUGGACAGGGAAGUUAAAUCCACCAUUAAAGAUGCCACUCCACCUGUGGUGUCCUUCACUAUACCUGUCAGAGAUGACAAGGUUGAAGAUAAUGAGUUUGGAUUCAACGUAUCUCCGCCAAAGCAGCACACAGUCACUUUCAAACUCGACGCAGAGGUAGAGCCAACUUUAAAGUCGUCAACUUCCCCUGUCGCUAAAUCCCCUCGACUUGUCAGGGGAAAGGCUAAACUCUCCAGUCCUGCUAAGAAGCAGGUGGAAGGAGAGAAGCUGACGGAUAAAACAAGUGGGAAAGCAGAGGGAUCAACCAUAGACGGCUCUCCUCUACCUGUCCUUUCUCCUGUUUCCUCACCAAUCUCCAGGUCUCCUUUAAAAGUGACAGGAAAAAGCAAGGCCAAGAAGGCAAAGUGUGCGUCCGCCGUGGAGCCGCUAGAGGAAGGCGAGGAGGUGACAGACACAACGGGCAAGAAGUGGAAACUUUUGAAACUGCUCAGUCAAAGCACGACAGAGGUCAUCUAUGAAGUUUUUCAAACAAUUUCAAGAUCCAAUUCCAAGGAAUCAAACCACAUCCUGAAACUAGGAGCUAAAGAUGGAAGAAUCUUCAAUGAGCAGAACUUUUUGCAGAGAGCUGCUAAACCUGCGUCUGUGGACAAGUGGAUCAAACAAAACAAGAUGGAUUUUCUGGGGAUUCCUUCUUGUGUUGGCUUUGGACCUCAUGCAGAUUCCUACAGGUUUCUGAUUUUCCCCAACAUGGGCCAAUCUCUCCAGUCUGUCAUUGAGGAAGAAGAUGAGUUUCUGUCCGAGAAAGUGGUUCUUCAGCUCGCCUGUAGGCUGUUAGAUGUCCUGCAGUAUAUCCAUUCAAACGAGUAUGUUCAUGCUGAUAUUAAUGCGGAAAACAUCUACAUCAAACCAGGACAGACUUCACAGGUCUACCUUGUAGGAUACUGCCAUGCUUUCAGGUACUGUCCAGGGGGUCGACAGGUAGAGUACCGUGAAGCCAGCAGGACACCACACGAGGGCACCCUAGAGUUCAUCAGCCUGGACACACAUAAGGGAGCAGGGCCAUCUCGACGCAGUGACUUGCAGUCCCUGGGUUACUGCAUGCUGCGAUGGCACACAGGCACGCUACCGUGGGCCGUCCUCACUCAACCGGACCAGGUAGCCACCCAGAAGCAGAGGUACAUGGAAGAUGUUCCUGCACUGUUGAGUCACUGCUUUGGGAAGGCGAAAGUUUCCAGUGCACUUCAAACCUACCUGACUGCAGUGAUGGCUCUGGGGUACUCUGAGCAGCCCGACUACUCAGCACUGAAGGCUGGACUCAGUGCAGCCUUGCUGCAGAUGGGGGGGUCACUGGAGCAGCCACUUCAUUUUUAGAGAAAUGGAACAUAAAGACGAAAAUUGGAAAGUGGACUUUUUUAUUUACUUGUUUUAUCAUGUUGUGUUUUAUCUGUGAAGUUUAUUGCACUGAAAGCAGAGUUACAGCUCAAUAUGUUCACGCACACCAGGUUUUCACUGGGUUCAUCAUUUUAAGCAUUAAUGUUGUGGUCUCUCAGAUUAACUGCACUGUAGUUUUUAGCAUCACAAGGGUAACUUGAAUAGGAGAGGGAUUCAAGUUCUUAGUUACUGAUGCACAGAUUUUGGAUGAUAUUGACACUUUGUUAGAUAAAUGUGUCACAGUGUCCUUGCUUGUUAAAACUAUUUUCUGGUUAAAGCAUUUACUUGUUUUGUUUCCUGUGAAUGUAAGGGGAGAGGAGGGAUGACAAAGCAAGUGAUUCCCAUUAUAACAUGAACUUGGUAUUGCCAUUUCCUGAAGAUGAGCCAACACACAGAUCUGGAUUUACAUAACUCCUCAACCCUUAGGUUAAUGUAGACAGAGUUAAUUUGCUUGAAUAAAGUGGAUAUAUAUAUUUUUUCAAAAACA